GUUAAAGAAGUUGGAAAAUGGACCCAAGUAACUUGACAUGAUAUGAUUGUAAUAGAAUGAAGAUGGGCCAUCGAUUUGCCUCCCUCCCAGUAGAUGUCUCAAACAGAGCCAGCGGGAAGUCGUAGUAAAUGUCAGAAUGUGUAGUUUGAAAACUUCAACCCUUCACCAAAUGAAGGACAAGCAGUGGCCGGUGCCUGUGGCCGGCUCACAUUCUGCAGGAGGUCAUUUUCAUCUCUGUUCAUUCCGGGAUAAAUAAUUUGCCUAAAAAAUGACAGGUGCCGCGCUUAGGCGUCUUCCAGUAUGACAUUUUUCUAAAUAAACAUAUAUUAUUAUUAGAAAUAUGAUAAUUUUGUCGGCAAAAUGGAAGAGAUUGUGCAGGUACAGAGCCAAGAAUAAAACAAUGGCCCAACGUUAUACUCGAAUUUAUUCUACUCUACACGCACCCACCACCGAGGCAAAGAGACAGACAGGGGUCUUCUUUUUUGUUGAUUUUCACAAAUUAUUUUCUCCUUUCAAUUUCUAAAUUAUUUCCUGAGUAAUUUUCUCUUCACCUCCGAUUUUUCCUCAUCACUCAAUUCCCGCCAAUUUGUCUCCGCCGUAUAUACGCAGCACAAACUCUCUUUGGAUUAUCAGUUUUUUUUUUUUCAAUCAAAUUAUUUUGUAAAAAUUCACAAAAAAUCGAAUUGUUAUUUUUUUUCCUUCUCAAUUUCUUGAAGUUGUGAAAAUGGAUGAGUUCGGUGUGUUAACGGAGCGUUUCGGUCUGAAGCCGCAAGGCAAAGCUGCUCCAAUGGCUGCAUCGAAGCGAUCCGCUGUACCCACCACGAAUCGUCAAGCCCGAAGUUUUUCAUUCAGUUCGGGUCUCAACAGGAAACCUUCUUUAUCCAAUUCAAAUUCCUUUAGUGGGGAGAUUCCUGAUGACAUUCUCUUUCAAUCAAAGACCAAUAACAACGGUUUUAGCGCCUUCAACGAAGACGUUUUUGGCCAAUUUCAAAACUCGGCGACUAAAUUAAGUAAAGCGUCUCCGUUGGAUUUCGAUUCUAUGUUCAAGGCAUCAAGUAAUUCUGGUUCGAAAUCUUAUGCGUAUGAUGAUGAUGUUUUCGGGUUGAAUAAGACCAAAAACGAAGCUUUUGGGACGUUUAGUUCUCCGCCAAAGCGGAAUGAUUUAGUUGAUGACUUGUUAGGUAGUGGGUUUGGUGGAGCUGAAACGAGAUCGAAUAAUUCGAAGCAAAAUGUUGGUGGUUUUGAUGAUUUGAUACCUGGGUUUGGUGCCAGUAGUUCUCCAAAUAAUAGAACGAAUGUAGGGGCCUCCAAAUCAGCCUUCAUGUCAGCAGAUGACCCUUUUGUUGUGCUAGAAGGAACUUCAACGGCAGCACAUAAUUCCUCAGAUUCAUUCACUCAUCCUCUAGAAGAGCUUGGUAAGCUCACUCAAUCUGGAGGCAGAAAGCCUGUUGUUUCAUCACCAAAAGGUUCACCAAUACUGAAACCCCCUCCAAAACCAUCUCAAAUUUUGAAGACAGAUCAAGGCAUAUCUUCAAUUGAUGAACUUGAAGAUUUUGCCAUGGGUAGGGUACGAAAUAAUGCUGAUGCAUGCUCAGGUGUACACCAUGCUAAGGGAAGCAAGGAUCAACUUAGUGCCAAAGCUAAGAAUUUUAAGGAAGCUGAAGAUGCUGCACAAAGAACCCAGAAAGAGAGCAAGGAUGAUCUAGAAUCCUUUUUUAGCAUGAGUUCUCAAUCAAGUAGUACACCAAGGUCAAGGGCUACAACUUCAGACCCUGUCUUUGAUGCGAAAAUUAACAUGAGAAGGCCUGAUGUGGCACAGAGGACAUCUUUGAGGAGCUCACACAAUGUAAAAAAUGUUCCUCCUGCAACAAAUAUGUUCGAUGGCCUUGCUUCAAUGUUUGAUGCAGCUGCACCAUUAUUCGGAGAAUUUGAGGAAUAUGAAGGGGAAACCAACGAAAGACGAAGAGCAAGAUUGGGACGUCAUCAAAGGACAAAUGAUCGUGUGGCUAAAGCAGUUGCUGAUAUGAACCAACGUGACCUUCAAACUCGGCAGGAACAAGAAGAAAGGAGUAGGAUUGCUGAUGUGUUGGAUGUUGAGAUAAAGCAUUGGGCUGCAGGGAAAGAAGGCAAUAUGCGUGCACUUUUAUCAUCAUUGCAAUAUGUCCUUUGGCCAGAAUGUGGUUGGGAGCCAGUUUCACUGACAGAUCUCAUUACCUCUAACUCUGUUAAGAAAGUUUAUAGAAAGGCAACAUUAUGUGUUCAUCCUGAUAAGGUUCAACAGAGAGGUGCUACAAUUAAACAAAAAUAUACUGCAGAGAAGGUUUUUGAUAUUCUCAAGGAAGCGUGGAGCAAGUUCAACAAGGAAGAACUUUCUUAGAAACCGUUGAUAUUUCAAACCUCUGUAUCACAAGUCACCACGGUCACAUCAUUUGUCAGUGAUAUACAAUUUUGGGAUGAAGCUGCAAGUCCUGUGCUUGCUUGUGAAGCAAUGGACCCAACAUGAAUUUGUCUUCGGUGAAAAGCGAGAAAAAAUUCAGUUGAUACCCAUGACAAUCAUAGUAAAGAAACUCUUUUUACCUUUUUGUGAUUGUGUAAAUUAUUCUGCUUCAUAGAAUAUAUUUGUUUUGUACACAGAAAAUCAGAAAGCAUCUUCCCAAGGAAAAAUCUGAAUAGCCAUAUCAAUAGCUUGUUAGUGAUUUUUUUUUCUAGUAGUUAGGCUGUGGGUGUAAUUAUUUUUCUUUUUUCCAUAGAUUGGAAUAAUCAGAAAUGUUGUCAUAUUUAUUGAAUUGCAUUCUUUCAUGAUUCUUUGGUUGCAA